AUGGGAAAGCUUCACAAGAAGGGAAAGGCCGGAGCAGCCAUCAACUACAUCACUCGUAACCAGGCUCUGAAGAAGCUCCAGGUCACUCUUGCCGACUUCCGUCGCUUGUGUAUUCUCAAGGGUAUCUACCCCCGCGAGCCCAAGAACAAGAAGAAGGCCAACAAGGGUUCGACAGCACCCUCGACAUUCUACUAUGCCAAGGACAUCCAGUACCUGAUGCACGAGCCCAUCCUGGGCAAGUUCCGUGAAUACAAGACAUUCGCCAAGAAGAUGGCUAAGGUCAUGUCCAAGGGUCAGUACAGCACGGCCAAGACCCUGGCCGAGAACAAGCCCAUCUACACAUUGGACCACCUCAUCAAAGAACGCUACCCUACCUUCACAGAUGCCCUCCGUGAUCUCGACGAUGCUCUGUGUAUGAUCUUCUUGUUCGCCACCAUGCCCAAGACCGAGAAGAUCAAGUCCGAGACCAUCGAGAACUGCCAGCGCCUCGCUGCCGAGUUCCAGCACUAUAUCCUCCACACCCGCAGCUUGAGAAAGACCUUCCUGUCUAUCAAGGGAAUCUAUUAUCAGGCCGAGAUCAAGGGACAGACCGUCACCUGGCUCGUCCCAUACCAGUUCUCUCAGAACGUCCCUACGGAUGUUGAUUUCCGUGUGAUGUUGACUUUCUUGGAGUUCCACCAGACAUUGUGCGGAUUCGUCAACUACAGACUGUACUCAGAUGUCAACCUGGUCUACCCACCUACAUUGGAUCUCAAGUUGGACGAGGGCGGUGCCGGCAUGAACGCUCUUAUCAUCGAGUCGACCCAGUCUUCGGCCAACAUUGCCAAGACUGUCAGCCAGUCUACCACCAGCACUGUCGCCGCUUCAUUAUCCAAGGAGGAGAAGCAGCGUCUUCAGGAAUCAGAAAAGAGAAUCAAGUCUCUUUCCAGCAAGAUUGCUCACAUUCAGGAGACCGAGGAUAACACCACCACAACCACUGAGAUCGACCAGGAUGCUGACAGUGCCAUGGACGAGUUCCCCGCCCCCCUGCCAAACUUGGACGGUACUGCUGCUGGCACAGUGACGUUCACGGAUAUCCAGAGGGCUUCUCAACACUUGACGCAUUUCCAGUCCCUAUUCAGCAACUGUGUCAUUUUCCUCUCGCGUGAGGUCCCCCGCUACUCACUCGAGUUUGUCCUCCGUGCUUUGGGAGCCCAGGUCGGAUGGGAUGCCGUCCUCGGCGAGGGUUCGCCCUUUGACGAGAACGAUGACCGGAUCACUCACCAGAUCAGCGAUCGUCCCACUCAGGGACAUCGUUUCUUGAGCCGUCAAUAUGUCCAGCCCCAGUGGGCCUAUGAUUGCAUUAACGCCGGAAAGAUCUUGGUUGGUGAUACUUACUUUGUCGGCAAGACCCUCCCUCCUCACUUGUCGCCCUUCGUUGAGGCCAAGGAGGGUGAUUACGUUCCCGAUGCUAACCAGUUCGAGGGCCAGACCGAGGACUUGGCUAUCGAGAGCGAUGAUGAGGAGGAAGAGGACGAGGAUGAGGAGGAUGAGGAUGAGGAGGAUGCUGACGAGGACGAGGAUGAGGAUGCCGAGCAUAAGGAUCUCCACCAGAUUGAGUUGGAGGCCGAGGCCAAGGGUGUUGCAUUCACAGAAUUCGAGGCCAAGGAGAACAAGAAGAAGAUCAAGGCCACCAAGGCUGCCAAGGCUGCCGAGCCCGCCUCAACUGCACCUACAACAAGAUCUGCCGGCAAGAAGCGUACAGCUGCCGAGGCUGAGGCUGAGGAGGCCAAGGAGUUGGCCAAGAUCAUGAUGACCAACAAGCAGCAGAAGCUCUACACCAAGAUCCAGUACGGCAAGAACAAGAAGGCUGCCGAGGUCGAGAAGCUCACUCAGAAGAAGGAGCUGUUGGCCAAGUCCGCCAAGGCCUCUGCCAACAAGAAGGCCAAGAAGUAA